GACAGUCUGCUGUUGUCGUCUGUCUUCGUUCAGCAGCUGUUACUUCGCUGAGGAGCAGCAGCAGCAGCUCACACUCCACACUGUGUUCGACCGAGGAGACACAUCACACACACACACACACACACUGGACUGGAAUGUCCACACCGGAGCAGAGGAGCCACACACCCCUCCUGCUGUCUGUCCUCCUGCUGCGUACACACACUCCGGAACCAGCACCGAACCUCGGGAUGAGCUGAGCCCGGAGACCCGGACUCCGCUGCCACAGCUGGGAUUGAAGCCAGAAGUUGUAGUUUCUCCGCGGCGGUGCCCGCAGCCUCCCCGGACCCUGGGCCGGUUCUCUUCUGUUCCGACUCCUCACUGACGCUGAACCGGACUGAACACGAGCAGCACCUGAGGAUUUAAGUGAUAUGUUGUGGAUUUUACUCAGUUUCGUGGAAACUAAAGUCUGUUUUUCUUUCUGGACCUGGAUGUUUGGUGACGGCUGAGAUUUUCUCCUCUCCAACAUUGACGGUCCUUGGGAGUUCAGGGAUUGUUUUGGAUAUUUUCCUGCGGCUGCUGCAGCCUCCGUUGUGCGUGACGGCAGCAUGAACAUGGAGGAUGUUUUCUGAGUCGAGCCCAGCUGCUCCGUGUCUCACCUGGUGUUCCAGAGGAAUGAGGGCGCUGCGCUGCUCGCUCUGGAUUUCCUUCCUCCUGCCUCUGUGCGUGGCCGCGGCCAGGCUGCCCAGUGUUCAGCCGACAGAUCCUGUGUCCAGUGAGACAGCCUUCCUGGAGGACUAUGUUUUGGGCAUUGGGGACACGUUGCAAAUGCCCUGUGAGAUGGACGACCCGUCGGAGCCCGUGGUCUGGUUCAAAGACGGCACAGGUCUGGUGUCCGGGGACAGGACGCGGGUGGUUCAGAGGAUGUUACGCAUCAUCAACGUGUCGUACGAGGACUCGGGCGUCUACUCCUGCCGCCUGGCCCGAAACAACAGGCUGCUGAGCAACUACACCAUCAGAGUGACAGAUUCUCUGUCCUCUGGUGAUGAUGAAGAUUAUGAUGAAGAUCCAGAAGAUGCAGGUAAUGGAAAUGAAGCGCCGUACUGGACCAGACCAGAUCGGAUGGACAAGAAGCUCCUGGCUGUUCCUGCUGCAAACACCGCCAAGUUCCGCUGCGCUGCCUCUGGAAACCCAACGCCGACCAUCCACUGGCUGAAGAACGGCAAAGAGUUCAAAGGCGAGCAGAGGAUGGGAGGCAUUAAGCUUCGACACCAGCAGUGGAGCCUGGUGAUGGAGAGUGCAGUACCAUCAGACAGAGGAAACUACACCUGUGUGGUCCAGAACAAGUACGGCACCAUCACCCACACCUACCAGCUGGAUGUGCUCGAACGCUCUCCCCACAGGCCCAUUCUGCAGGCCGGGCUUCCGGCAAAUCAGACAGUGGUGGUGGGCAGCGACGUGGAGUUCCACUGUAAGGUCUACAGCGAUGCUCAGCCUCACAUCCAGUGGCUGAAGCACAUCGAGUACAACGGCAGCCGCUACAGCCCCGAUGGCGUCCCUUAUGUCAACAUCCUGAAGAGUGUGGUCAGUAAACACACUGAGGCCCACAGUAAGUUCUCUCUGUCCAAUGUGACCGAGAAAGACGCCGGAAAAUAUUGGUGUCGAGCUUCGAACUUUGUAGGAAAGUCGGAAAAUGCUUUCUGGCUCAUGGUGCACAAAGCAGUAAGUCCAGAGAAGGAGGACUACUACGUGGACAUCCUUAUCUACGUGACGGGCUGCGUGCUGUUCAUCCUGGCUGUGGUCAUCGUGAUCCUGUGUCGGAUGAGGAUGACCACGCAGAAGACGCUGCCGACGCCUACGGUCCAAAAGCUCUCAAAGUUCCCCCUCAAGAGACAGGUAACAGUGUCACUGGAUUCCAACUCCUCCAUGAAUUCCAACACCCCUCUGGUCCGGAUCGCACGUCUGUCCUCCAGUGACGGGCCCAUGUUGGCCAACGUGUCGGAGCUGGAGCUGCCCUCAGACCCAAAGUGGGAGUUUCCACGGACCAGGUUGACUCUGGGUAAACCUCUGGGUGAAGGCUGCUUUGGUCAGGUGGUGAUGGCCGAGGCCGUGGGCGUCGACAAGGAGAAACCCAACAAACCAUUAACUGUUGCUGUGAAAAUGCUGAAGGAUGAUGCCACAGACAAAGAUCUGUCCGACCUGGUGUCAGAGAUGGAGAUGAUGAAAAUGAUUGGAAAACACAAAAACAUCAUCAACCUCCUCGGAGCGUGCACCCAGGACGGCCCUCUGUACGUCCUGGUGGAGUACGCCUCCAAAGGGAACCUGAGGGAGUACCUGAGGGCGAGGAGGCCUCCUGGGAUGGACUACUCCUUCGACACCUGUAAAAUCCCAGAUGAGCAGCUCACCUUCAAAGACCUGGUGUCCUGUGCUUAUCAGGUGGCCCGGGGCAUGGAGUACCUGGCCUCACAGAAGUGUAUCCACAGAGACCUAGCAGCGAGGAACGUUCUGGUCACAGAGGACAACGUGAUGAAGAUCGCAGACUUUGGCUUGGCCAGAGACGUGCACAAUAUAGACUACUACAAAAAGACCACCAAUGGUCGUCUGCCUGUGAAGUGGAUGGCACCAGAGGCACUGUUCGACCGGGUCUACACUCACCAGAGUGACGUGUGGUCCUAUGGCGUGUUGCUGUGGGAGAUCUUCACACUGGGAGGUUCUCCUUACCCAGGAAUCCCAGUGGAAGAACUGUUCAAGCUGCUGAAGGAGGGCCAUCGCAUGGACAAACCUGCCAACUGUACCCACGAACUGUACAUGAUCAUGAGAGAGUGUUGGCACGCGGUGCCUUCACAGAGACCGACCUUCAGACAGCUGGUAGAAGAUCAUGACCGGGUUUUAUCCAUGACCUCCACUGAUGAGUACCUGGACCUGUCGGUGCCCUUUGAGCAGUACUCGCCCACCUGUCAGGACUCCAACAGCACCUGCUCCUCAGGAGAUGACUCGGUGUUCGCUCACGACCCGCUGCCUGACGAGCCCUGUCUUCCCAAACAGCUUCCCAGUAACGGAGUCAUUAGGACAUAAGGAGGAGGAACGGUUGGCUCUGGACAGAGGACAGCAUGGACCUGGAGCCGAAAUCUGUGACUAAUGAUCAAAUUAACAAAUCACCUCUCAGUGACCAGAGCUCCUGAUGUGGAAAUUCACAACUCGGCAUGCAAUACUUCCACAAUCAAACUCUGGGUCGGAAUCAUCUCCGUAUUAGCUUCUCUUCCUCCUUCUUCCUCAGCGACUCUCUCCAAACAUUGAAGGAUUAUUUGCUUUUUCCUCUUUUCACAAAUGAAAUUAUAUUUUUGUACUCGGGCCAGUCUUUUGUUACGGACAAACCAUUCCGUGCCUACUGGAACAAAUAAGGAAGGGAAAGUAGGGAAGUGGAGGACGAGAGAUCCGAGUGGAGGAGGAGACGAAGGUGUAGUUCAUCAUGGGAGCCGGGGCAGAACAGAUCAGAUUGUCUUUACAAACAGAAUCGCUGGGAUAGAGUCGCCUCCACGUUCAAGGAUUUUCCUCCAUGUUUCCUCUACGGACAUGUUUUUACCAUCCCAUCAAACUCUCUGUUAUCAAUAUGGAAGCAGUUCCUCAGUGAAGUUUCAGGGUCAUUUCAGUCAUAAGUACGUGGAGGUUUUUAUGUAUUUAGAAAAGUGAUACGUUGUAAAUAUGAAUGCAAAUAUGUAUGAUAUUUG